AUGUCUCAGAGAUCUAUUGAAUCAACUUUGACACGGUUGCUGAUUCCGGUGCAUGGUUUUGUGGAGUACUGUGGUGAUGUGUACAUUGGUGUGCUCUUGACGAGCGACCUUGAAUCAAACACAGACAGUGCUAACAACUAUGGGAUCAACAAAGUGUUCCUCAGAUGCCCCAGAGACGUCCUAAAGAUUUCAGACUUGGCCAUCAGCAUGCCACAGGCCAAGCUGUGGUCAGACGUCCCAGUCAGGAUGACCAUGCAGGUAGCAGUGACCAACACUGGACAGAGGACCAUUCCACAGGCAGAGGAGGGACAGCAGAACUUCCACUUCAAGUUCUACCUGUCCAAUGACAGCAGCCUGAGCGAGGAUGACAUUGAGAUGCCCUUGUUCCUGAUGUACUCCUCCUCCGACCUUCAAGAGAUGAGGAAAGUGCUGCUGCCCCAGCAGAAGGCUCACAUCAAGCAGACCACCAUGUACUUCACUCUGCCUCAGGACAACUGUGGCAGGAGGAGUAAACUUCUCGUCCAUGUGUCACCAGCCAGGUUGGACUUUGUGGACCAGUUUCCCGCAAAUGACAUGGCAGUGCACAGCCUGACUGUGGAGUGCUCACACGAUAAUGUUGACAUCAGUGUGAAAGAGUGGAAGGUUCCGGGGAGGGGUGCCAAGAACGCAGAGUACAUCGAAAGGGACGUGGCCUUUGACCUUGUCAUUGAUGUGGCUUUGGAGGGAGCAAAAACUGUGGUGGGAGACACACUGAAGAUGAAGUUGUUCCUGUCACGAGAUGGCCAGCUGGAUGAACAUGACAAGAUGUUAGUGGAGUACCCAGCUGAAGAAAGUUCCCCCCACCCACUGGAGACUGAUAUCUACCACUCAGCACAGGUUGACUUCAGCACAGCAGUGAACAACCAACCUGACCUGCGGAUCCUAUCGGGGCCGGAAACUAGGCCGUUCUGCGGCUGGUCGUACUUCAUCGUUCAGCUGGACCCAGGCAACGUCUAUGACGAAACUGACGAGGAAAACAACGUCGCCGUCGCUGAGUACUUGUUCAAGUGCAGUGGAGACAUGCUGGGAUUGCGUGAUGUCACCUUCACGCCGCUCCAGACCCCCGUCCCGCGGGACAUUACGACCUACGUGGUCUUGGAGGUCACCGUGGACUGUAUGGGAGGAUCCUUCUGUUCCCGCGUACCCGACUCCUCUCAGGAGGGGAAGGACAACAUCAAGUUUGUCCUCACAUUCUCAGAGGACAUACUAGGCACACGAAUGGUGGACCUAACAGGAGGAGAAGUGGACCAAUCUUGGGAAGUGUCGCCUCCUCUUACAUUGGGCUAUGAUACUGUGGGAAGCAGAAGGUUCCGAUUGGCCGGUUGGGUGCGGUAUAAUGACGAUGGAGCGGACGCCUGUAACAAGUACCAGUACGCCACGCUGGGGGUACAGCAGGGGGACAGCACCAACGCUCAGUACUUACUGGACCUGUCAGCGGAAAACAGCAUUUACAGCAUCCCCUUGACUGUCAGCUGUGACGACGCAAAGUUCAUUGACCUGCUGCCUAGCCUCCAGCUGAUGUCCCAGGACGAGAUUGUGGACAUGUCCGAGGGCGCGGCGGUCGUCGACUUCCGACUGGACGUCACGGUCGUCCUCAACAACGUGGACGGCUUCUUUCAGAUCCCGGAGGACAAAGAUGGCAGCCAUUUUGAAUUCCAGCUGUAUGUUUCAGCAAACAAGGAGAUCACGACUGAUGACACUCUGAUCCCGUACAUGCCAUCAGAGGAUGCCCUGAACCAACUGAGAGAAGAAAUGAUGAACACUGCAUCUUGGAUCUGA